AUGGCCUCCCUCAGAGCAAGGACUGCUCCCCUCCGAGCCCUCCGCUCCAUCCAACCGCUCACAAGAACUACACCACUGAAAUCAACCCUGUCCACACGCUCAACCAUCCAAUCCGCAGCACCCACUCCAACCCGCAACCACUCAACCUCCUCCGUCUCAGCCGAUGAACUCUCCCACUUCUCAGCCCUGGCCAGCUCCUGGUGGGACCCAAUGGGACCCUCCAGAAUUCUCCACCUAAUGAACCCCCUCCGCCACGAGUUCAUCGCAUCCUGCCUAGCCGAAGGCUCAACCGAAACAACCCCCUCCCCCACAAACCCCAACUCCGCAACCUUCAACUACCUAGACGUCGGCUGCGGCGGCGGCAUCUUCGCCGAAUCCCUCGCCCGCACAAUCCCCCUAGCCGCCACCGGCCCAGCACCAACCCCCACCCGCGCAGCCUCAAUGACAGCCAUCGACCCCUCAACCAACCUAAUCCAGAUAGCGCGCGAGCACGCGCGCAUGGACCCAACCGUCGAUUCCCAUCUGCGCAGUGGCAAAUUCAAGUACAUAAACACAACGCUGGAGGAUGUCCUCGCCUCAGCCCAGCCACUAACACCAACCCCAACCCCAACCCCAACCGACCCAGCAACCACCACCAUCACCACCACCCCACCGCAAUACGACAUCGUCACCCUCUUCGAAGUCCUCGAGCACAUCGACCCCAAAACCUCCAGCCCGCUCACGUUCCUGACAAACUGCCUGCGCGCGCUCAAGCCCGGCGGCUGGCUAAUCGGGUCAACCAUCUCCCGCACUUUCCCUUCGUUCCUCUUGAACCAGGUUAUUGCCGAAGCGCCGUGGCCGAUUGGUGUUGUGCCGCGUGGGACACAUGAGUGGAGCAAGUUUGUGAACCCGCCUGAGGUGAAGGGGUGGUUGCAGGAGGGUUUGAUGAGGGCUGCUGAUACGGGCGUGUCGAGGGGUGGGGCGGCGGCUGCUGAGGGUAUGAGUUGGAAGUGUGUGGGAGCUGUUUAUGCUCCUGGGAUUGGGUGGAAGAUGGUUCCUGGGAGUGAGGAUUGGGGGAAUUACUUCUGGGCCGUUAGGAAGGGCGUUUAG